GCAAGACGUUAAAACGACAAGCAGCUCGCCUGUGGCCUGUGUAUAUCCGUGCCCUGUUUCUUCCCUCAUCUUGGGCGCCGUUUGUCCCAGUCUUGGAUCAAGUCUACCGUCUCCCACCAUGUUGCCGGGAUCUGGUUCUUCACCAGUCAUGGAGUCUUUGGUGUUAGGUCAGAGGCAGCUCGAGGACUCAGCGGAACAGUCUAAGGAUUCUGGCAGUUACAGUGGUGACAGUGUGUUCUCUUCAUCAAACCAGGAUAAAGCUAGCAGCAGUGACAGUGUGUUCUCUUCAUCAAACACGGAUAAAGCUAGCAGCAGUGACAGUGUGUUCUGUUCGUCAAACCCAGACACACGCUGUAAUGCCAGUGUAUUCCAUACAUCGAACGCGGAUAUAGCAAGCAAAGAAAUAGAGCGUUCUACAACGAAGACAGAUAAGGAUAUAACGUCCACUGGAACAGCACCUUCCGAUUCCAGAAAACGAAAACGUCCACAAAAUCACGGAGACUGUAAACGACGCAUCACGCCAGAGGCCGGUACUGGCGCUGUGUUCCCUGCUCCCUACACAGAUGUAGCUUCGUGUGACGUCAUGUCUCCUACUGCAACCACGAACAACACGGGCGUUGGUUGUGCAAGAAAUAAAGUAUUCCCUACGGAUUCGAAAAAACGAAAGCGAAGACAAAGAAAGGAACGAACGAAUGGCGACAUUUUCUGUCCGUUGUUCGAGCCUACGGGAGAAAAGCUGGGCCAGGGGUGCUUUGGCUCCGUCUCCACAUACAGAAACAAGGAAUCAGGGAAGGAAUACGCCGUCAAAGUCAUGAGGAACUGUCGGGAGAAAAGACUCCGUAGAGUAUUGAGUGAGAUCGAGAUCUGUCGUCGUUAUAAGAACUGUGAAAACAUCCUGAAUUUCGUAGAUUUCUACAGGACAGGAGAUACGUUUUUCCUGAUGUUCGACAAAAUGGCGGGUGGUGAUCUACGAGCUAUGUUGUCGUCAACGCCGUAUCUGAGCGAGUCCCAGGCUUCACGAGUGACCGGCGCCGUGGCCCGAGCUCUCCACACACUUCACAGGGACGGGGUGGCGCACAGAGACCUUAAGCCAAAUAACAUUCUGUGCCUCACCCCAGGGGAGGUCACCCCACUCGCCCUGUGUGAUUUCGGCGUAGCGAGUGAACCCCCUUCUCGACGUAACCCCUCCAAAGAUGACAUACCCAAGCCUGCCCUGAAGUCAGCCGUUGGCUGCCCGCAAUACUUGGCACCAGAGGUCGCCGGUUUGCUGUUACCCACGUCACAGAGAAGAACAGCGCCCUACGACACCCGCUGCGACAUGUGGAGCUUUGGAAUUCUCAUUUAUGAAAUGCUCUUCGGCUGUCAGCCCUUUGUCGGCCACUGUGCUCAGCACGCGCAAACUACGGUCCGCAAUUGUCGGGACUGCUUCCAAGACAUGUUCCCCAAGAUCUGCAGCGGCAACUAUUCCAUCCCUACAAACACUCGUGAGUCCUUGUCUGACACUGCCGUGGAUUUGAUCCGGAACCUCCUGGUCGUGGACCCCCAAGACCGUUACUCAGCCGCCGAGGUCUUGAAACAUCCGUUUGUGACUGCACACAGGGACGAUGCCGUCACUAGAACUGACUGCCUAACAGUGUUGCCAUGACAAUCGUUAUUUGAGUAAUGCUGACACAAUUCUGGCAGGAGUAUUCCCAGCUACUUUUUCAUUUCUCGGACAAUAGAUUUCUCUUUUCAAAAAGACGCAAACUUCGGACUAUGUUACGACAUCUACACUGAUGUUGGUGUGUUUGUCUGAGUGUGAGUGUCUUAACUGUUUUCACACAAAAAAUUAUGUUUUGGAAAGUGUAUGA